AUCAUCUACAGAUCGAUGUUCUUACAAAUUUUCGAAUAUCUUUUAAUCACAUAAUUUUAAUACCCAAUACCCUCAUAAGCUGUAACGACCGCCAGGAUGCCCGAGGAUGUGAUGGUGCCGUCGGGGGACUACAAGCUGGUCAAGCAGUUUCGCAGGGAGCAGACGGUACGCCGCAAGAAGGAUCUGCCGUGGUCGAAACGGGUAUUCGACAUAGACGAGCACAAGUUGUUUGGGCGCACCGCCUGGGCCUGGACCCGGAUCACGCUCUUCUAUCUGGUGCUGUACUGCUUGAUUUUCGUUAUUGUGCUCUUUUGGAUUGGCAUAUUCCUGCUGGCGAUCAUCGAUCCCCAUAAGCCACGCUGGCUCAAGGGGCCGCCGGGAAUGUCGGUGGUGCCCAACAACGAGUCCGUGCUCACCUGGUACACGCACAUACUGGGCGAGAUCUAUCCGAUCGCGGACACCAUCGACGACUUCCUAAACAGUCUAAACGACAAUGGCAUCGACUUCUUCAACGAAGCCAACCAGGACUCAAUAUGGGGCUAUGGAUCGAGGAAGCCCACCGUCUUCCUUAAGCUAAACAAGGUGAUUGGGUAUCAGCCGGAGACCUACGACACUGCGGACGACCUGCCCAAGGACGUGCCCUCAGGACUCGACAACACCGUGCGAAAGUAUGGCGGCACCCCGAAGAUCUGGGUCACCUGCGAAGCUUCCAAGGAAAGCAACGCCGAGCUCGUCUUCUUCCCGGGACCCUUCUUCGAAGCCUCCGAGCAGAUGACGGGGGUGCAACGCCUGGUGGCCAUCCAGUUAAACAACAUGGCCCCAAACACUGAGGAAUUCUUCUGCUGCAAGGUCUGGGCGCGCAAUAUUCCCAUCGAUGAAAAGUUCCAGGGCAAGGGCCAAAUCAGAUUCGGAAUGAACAUGCGCGUGGAGACCGUCAGGAAGCCGAAAAUCGAUCAGGUCCAGACCUCCACUACCGUCACUCCCAAUGCGGGUCCUGAAGUGCCAGACGAAAUCGAAGAGGAGCCAGAGAACCCCGCAAAGCGCCUCGGUGGGCUGGAUAUGCCGCUUGCUCCCGAGCUAGAGCCGUCCCCGAAUGAAAAACUGCAGGAAAUACCUAAGGCCGAGCUUCUCACGGAGCCUCCCAGCUAAAUCGAAUUUUAAUAUAUCCAUAGCCAUCCUGUUUUUUGAAUUCCUUGUUAACCAAUUGAAUGAAACUUCGCUCAAAGCUGGAACCAAAAAUUAAACUCUGUGCAAAUUGUUGAUCUGAAAAUAACCAUAUUUCUCAGAUUAUGGCUAAACUGGAUUUAAAAUUUUAUAAGUAGUUGAAUUAUAUAUUCUAUCAAGCAUCUUAAGCGAAAUUUUAAAUGUUAAUAUAUAUAUCUUACCAAAAUUUGUAGACUGUCAACAUCAUUAGGUAUAUCGUAAAUUAAUUGAAUUUUUUAAAUAUUUUUGAAUUGAGAUAUAAUUUAAAGAAAAAAAUCAAUAUUACAAUACUUUUAUUUUAAAGUGUAA